CUCUUUUAAGCGUUUCGUCAACAAAACAAGGUGUUGGUUUCUCAAAGUAUGCCUCACCCGCACGUGGCCAACGGUCCGUCGCCUUGACGACGGAAAAAGUACACAAUAAACAAAGCCCUUUCCGGAUUGCUUGGGCCCCCAGAGUUCUACAUGUCACACAGUCUCGCCUCAGGAUUUAAACGAUGUUGAUUUUAAUCCUAUUAUACUUUAAUCGCUGUUUUUCCGAGAUUGUCAAGAGGGACCCUCCCGACCUUUUUAACGGCUCAGACAAAUCCUGCGCUAGUAAUGAAUACUUCAAUAUUAAGAAUUUAAGAUGUUCUACCUGUGAUCCAUCCAAAAAUUUAACCGUUUCCGCACUUCAUGAUUCUUGUGUGUGCAAUAAUAGAAGCAUUUUUAACGGUUGGGAUCCAAAUGGGUACAGACUGUGCUUGAGGUGUAAAGAUAAUGAAAUCCCUUCUCUAGAUAAGUCCUUUUGUAUUGGUCUUCCAAAUAAUUCUUCACCGAAUACAAUAUGUGGCGACAAUAACAUUAUUGUUGAUAGAUAUGCCAAUGGAACAAAAAUGAAAGCCAUCAACUGUAUCAGAUGUGUAAGUGGAACAGUGCCAAACCAGGACAGAAGUAAAUGUAUUAAGUGUUCGUAUCCGUUCGAAAAUUGUUUAUGUCCAAUUGAAACUCAUAUCAUUUUGCCUAGUAAUGAGUGCAUCCCUAGCAAAAAAUUACCAGAUUGGACAAAAGUAACAGAAAUGUUUGAAAUUGAGUAUGAAGAAUCAAAACGUGAGUCCAAACUUAUGCGCUACAAACUUCAUUCUGCGUAUUAUUGGUGUCAGAUGAAACAGUUUCAGAGUUGCCAGCUUCUUUCCAAUUUAUGUGUGUUAACCAUGUACCAAGAGUUAACAGGUCCUUGUAGAUUACUGAAGGAUAUAAAAACAUCAAAAUAUAAUGUACCUCUUCCUUGGAUAGCAUACAACGAAAAAGAUGUGCAGAACAUUUUCAAUGAGGAUAAAAUUAAAAAGAAAUUCCGCCUGGUAAAAGAUUCAGAGGACAGCUACGUACAAAUUGUUUUUAGUAAAUGGUCUUUGAAUGGUACAUGGCAAGGAUUCGUCAAUGGGAUGAAAGUGCUAGCAGUUUGCAAAGAGAUGGAGUUCUUGACGGAUUUAAGGUUUACUGUCGAUUAUGAGAACAAAUGUGCCGUAUCGCCUCAAGACUUUUUGUCAGAACGCACGACUGAAUUCUACGACAUAUAUUUAAAAUAUCGUUUGAGCAACGAAACUUACAUAUAUCCAAUACCGAUAUUAAAUUUAAACUACAAAAUAGGCAACAAGUUUCCAAAUAAGUAUGGAGAUAAAAGUCAAUGGCAACUUACACACCGUAUGUUUGUGUUUGAGAAUCCUAACGAUUUUAACAUAGAAGCUAAAACGAACAUUGCCCCGACGACCAUUCGAUACCUAAAAUCCGCAGCACUCAGUAUAAGGGUAAAAAAGGGACCAGAAGAAGGAUUGAUCAAUACUCCACUUCUAAUCCUAUCGUAUGGAGAAUUUAACAAGGAAGAUGUACAGAAUAAUCGGAAAAAGACUUUUUCCUUUAAAGUUCAGUUUUCCAUGAAAAGUAAUGUAAAGAGAAACAUGGACAUCGGUCUUGGCAUAUUAUGUUCAGCGUCUGUAAUCUGGUCUCUCAUACGGGCUUGGGCCUACACGAGAAGGUCAGGGCAAAGGCCGAUCGACUUGAUAGCCGUCCUUCAUGUGUGCAUCAUCGCCUGUGGUCAUCUGGCGAAUGUGUUUUUUUUUGUCAUAUCAAUAACAGCUUUGCACGCCUUUGUUUACUAUAAAUGGCAGGCAGUAGCACACGUUCUGCUUCCAUCGGCAAGGCUGCAAUACCUGGUGAGAACGUACGUGAUCGUCUCUUUCCCGUUAAAAGCAUUUGAAAUUUUUGUUCUGAUCUGGCAUCAUGUGACAGUGGACAUAUUUCUUAUUGACUGGGAACAACCGAGAGCACAAAAGCAGACUAUAUUCGAUGUUAGUGCGUGGAGGACGUACUUUGUAGCUAACAAGUGGGGGGAAAUUCAAACAGUUAGGAAGACCAGCGUGCUCUUGCAGCUAUGCUUAGUUGUUUUUGUUUUAAAGGUGUGUGGUUUAGAACAUUGGUCUCUUAACAUUCCCGAACUUCAUACAUCGCCGAAUCACGAAGCUAAGCAUGCUUCUGAAGAUAGGGUAUUCAGGUUUGCUCUCUCUGUUGUUGUUUACGUCGGUGUUUAUCUGAUUCAGUGGAUUUUAUUUAGUGGCAUAUACGAGAGAUACAUUAAAAACUCUAUUCAGGAAUUUGUUGAUAUAUGUUCAUUGGCGAAUAUAAGUCUAUUUGUAUUAGCCCUUGAGAACUACGGGUUUUACGUUCACGGCAGAUUGAUCAAGUCCAUUCGAGUGCAUGAAAAAUUGCGAAAACCAUUUGAAAAUCGGUUCAGAAAAACGUCUGCGCACGGAUUUUCUGAUACUGACAUGGCCACAUUACGUAAACAACUGAGAAGAGAAGAAGAGGAUUUAGUUCGACAUCGAGGAUUGGUACCUGAGUCAGACCACCAAACUUUCCAAAUUUUAAUUCCAACCAAGUUACGAGGAAUCUACAAAUCUCUCCUUACUAACCUUCCUCAUGAAUUGAGUCGAUUCAAUAUAACUAAUUUAAAGAAGGGAAAUAAAUCUGUUUCUGGAUCAGGUGAUCAUACAAUGCAAGCGUACGUGACUGUCAACAGAUUUCUCGCAGCCUUCAUUGAACACGCAUUAAAGGACUUAGAUUAUGAAGUGAGAGAUAGGCUUUUUAUCGAAGCCUUAUUAGACAUCGAACUUCACGAUUCAAAGGUCAAAGGAAUAUUUUUUAAUGAUAAUGGCCAUUCCUUCGACAACGUAUUGUAUUAUGGAAACGAAUUAUCUCUUUUCACAUUCAACCUAAUUUUUUUCUGCUUUGUUGAAAUUAUAGCUCAAAACUAUUUAUUGGCAGCCAUUCUGACUGGUCUGUGUGACGAGGCGAUUGCCAGGAUUCGCAAGUAUUGCAGCAGAAAGAAUUUCGCGAAAAAAGCGCUGAUAGAUGAAAAUUUUCUACUGUAAUUUCAAAAAUAUUUAAACGGCGAAGUCCUGAAUUUUUGUGAUAUUAACAACGAUAUGAUGUUCUGUGCCUUAGGCACUUCACUUGUGAUAUGAAUCCAAUAUAUGCUUAUUAUCAGCGUAAAUGACUGUGAUCCAUUGGGCAUGUUUAUAACGCUGCUUGUGUUUCAUAAACCGUUCCAUUAACGAGAAAUCUCGCAUUACAGUUUCACAGGUAGUUAUGAAAAUGUCCUGUCGAACAUAGUCAGGUGGCAUAAGGGGAUAUAAGCACGAUGAACCAAAUCACUACUUUGAUUUAUGUGAAUUCUGCUGUAGUCAAAAGCCCACGAUAUCCUUAAAGUUGAUGAGCUUCUACAAGAUUUGACACAUAACAGCCAGGGUGAAAAAUCAUGAGCUUUCUUUUGGCUUGUGACUGAGCCACUUGUCCUAGGGGAAAAACACAUACGGACGAUAUGGUUUUGUCAAUAAUAAGAGUAUUCCAUAGUUUGGUGAUAAUUCUUCUUCACGUUUUGGAACAUUUCUCAUCACCAGAUGGAUGCACUAGCAUUCUUAAUAACGUCAGAUAACCCUGCUGUAAAUUCAUCCUGACGUACAAUUUAGAGUGAUUCAGCAUCAUCGAACACUGAAGGACGACCUUAUAGCUCACCGUGAUGUUCGCUGUUCCCAGUAUUGAAACUCUUAACAAAAUUAUUAGUAGUUUCUUGUCUUUUCUCAAAUCAUUUCAUAUCUUAUUUUAAUUUAUGUCAUAUCAUUAGUUAACAAUGUAAGAUUCAAUUAUCCAACGAAUAGGUUGGUAGAUUUUGUGAUAUAUGUGUAAAAUAAAAAUCAGUAUGUAGAAAGAUAUUUGAAUAAUCGCAUUAUAAUUUGUCCUUCCUAAAAUACGCAAGAUAAAUGAUUAAAUUUUACCGUAGGAAUUGGUUUACCUAAUUCUGCACAAUUAACAUGAAUGACAAUGAAAUAAUAAUAUGGAUUAUUGUAAAUUAUUUUAAUGUUUAAAUUUAACAAAUG